GCGGGGAUUGGCCAGUAGCGUGGAGCCAACCCACGGGCGCCUUGUUGGCGGUGCUCGGUGCCCGGUGCCGGUGCGGAGGAGCGGCCGGCAGGAUGGUUCUGGAGAGCACCAUGGUCUGCGUUGACAACAGCGAGUACAUGAGGAACGGGGACUUCCUCCCGACCCGCCUGCAGGCCCAGCAGGACGCUGUCAACAUCGUGUGCCACUCGAAGACCCGCAGCAACCCCGAGAACAACGUGGGGCUCAUCACGUUAGCCAAUAACUGUGAGGUGCUGACCACGCUCACGCCGGACACGGGACGGAUCCUCUCAAAGCUACACACGGUGCAGCCCAAAGGGAAGAUCACCUUUUGCACAGGGAUCCGAGUGGCUCACCUGGCUUUGAAGCAUCGCCAAGGCAAGAACCACAAGAUGCGAAUCAUUGCCUUUGUGGGGAGCCCUGUGGAAGAUAACGAGAAGGAUCUGGUGAAACUGGCGAAGCGUCUGAAGAAAGAGAAGGUCAACGUGGACAUCAUUAAUUUUGGAGAAGAGGAAGCCAACACAGACAAGCUGACUGCCUUCAUCAACACCUUGAACGGCAAGGAUGGCACCGGCUCCCACCUGGUGACGGUGCCACCGGGGCCCAGCCUGGCUGAUGCCCUCAUCAGCUCCCCCAUCCUGGCCGGGGAAGGCGGUGCCAUGCUGGGCCUGGGCGCCAGCGAUUUCGAGUUUGGAGUGGACCCCAGUGCAGACCCGGAGCUGGCGCUGGCUCUGCGUGUCUCCAUGGAGGAGCAGAGGCAGCGGCAAGAGGAGGAGGCCAGGAGGGCUGCAGCUGCCUCUGCAGCUGAGGCUGGGAUAGCGGCCACUGCUGGGGAUGAUUCGGACGAUGCUUUGCUGAAGAUGACGAUAACUCAGCAGGAGUUUGGCCGGGCCGGGCUGCCCGACCUCAGCAGCAUGACGGAGGAGGAGCAGAUUGCUUACGCCAUGCAGAUGUCCCUGCAGGGAGCAGAGUUUGCCCAGGCGGAGGCAGCGGAAGUGGACAGCAGCACAGCCAUGGACACCUCCGAACCCGCUAAGGAGGAGGACGACUACGACGUGAUGCAGGACCCCGAGUUCCUGCAGAGCGUGCUGGAGAACCUGCCGGGCGUGGACCCCAACAACGAGGCCAUCCGCAACGCCAUGGGCUCGCUGGCCUCGCAGGCCUCCAAGGAGAGCAAGGACAAGAAGGAGGAGGAGAAGAAGUGAGGGGCCGGGGGGGGGCUCUGCUCUCGGGG